UUGAUUAGCUGAAAAUACAGAUUGACAGCUAAAACCUUUCAAUAAGUGCACACGGGAACAACAAAUGCAAUACAAAAUCUUUAACAAUCCCAGGAUCGCUACAAUAUAAAAAUAUAUAUAUCUAUCUCUAUAUCUAUAUAGAGAGAGAGAGAUAGAUAGAUAGAUAGAUAGAUAGAUAGAUAGAUAGAUAGAUAGAUAGAUAGAUAGUUAGAUCAAAUAUACCAGGGGACGGAUGAAUAGUUAAUUUCCCCCUAGAUUGCGGAACGAGAUAAAGAGGGUUCAUGUCCAGGGGUCUAGAACAAAAAACUUCAAUCAGUGGAAAUUCACUUUUCAGGUUAAACAGACAGAAUCACUUGGCCAUUGUUACUGCAGACUUGCUGAACUCCUGCAAUUGCAUAAUUAGUUUUCACGUGUCGUGGGGGAGGAGGUGUGUAUGUGUGGGGGGGGGGGGGCUCCUCCGUCUCGUGUUGCUGCAAAGGGGAGCGCGGCGGCUGAAAAAGUUCAACAGUGUGUGUUGUGAUGCCAUACGGCGCGCAUCUGCUGUUCCGCACGGUAACCGGCACGACCGCAAGUGGCGAGAGUUGUGAUGCUGCAAAAGUUUUCCUAGUUCGGGCUGAGCUGGCCCAUGCGUGCGGUACCGUAGAACCGGCCAACACCGGAGGACACUUCAACUUGUUCAAUGCUCAAGUGACUGCGCUUCACUCCUGACUCAGCAUACCCCACCAGAAGAUUGAUGUCGUCCAUGGCUGACCCAACUGCAAUGCAUCCUGGGAAGCGGCAGUGGGUGGCUCCGCCUCCAGAUGGGGGGUGGGGUUGGGUCAUCGUCGGCUGCUGCUUCAUGGUUACAGUUUGUACCCGUGCUGUUACAAGGUGUAUCUCUAUCUUCUUUGUAGAAUUCCAGGUGCAUUUUGGAGGAGACUAUUCUGGGACUGCCUGGAUACACAGUCUAGUUGACUGUACCACUAUGCUCUGUGCUCCACUAGGCAGCGCUGUAGCCACCAGGUGGUCCAGCCGGGUGUCGGUGGUGCUGGGGGGUCUCCUGUCCUCCUCGGGUCUCCUGCUCAGCUCCUUCUGCUCCAGCCUGGAGGGGCUGUACCUCACCCUGGGCGUCAUCACUGGUGUGGGCUUCGCCCUGUGUUACACUCCAGCCAUUGCCACGGUGGGCGGCUACUUCAGCCAACGCAAGGCGCUGGCGUACGGCAUCGCCAUGUCGGGCAGCGGCAUCGGCACCUUCGUCCUGGCCCCGGCCGUCCAGAUCCUCAUCGACUACUACAGCUGGAGGGGCGCCCUCCUCAUCCUCAGUGGCCUCGUGGCCAACCUGUGUGUGUGUGGCGCCCUGCUUCGUCCCAACACCAGCGGCCACAACCCGGACAUAGAGAAGCAGGGUAACCAGUACCAGGGAGAAAAACCCCCUAAGGAAACGCCGCUCCUUAAGGAUCCUACUCUCCUUAAGGAUCCUACUCUCCUUAAGGAUCCUACCCUCCUUAAGGAGCCUUCGGUCGCCGCCUCGCUGACGUCUCUUCAGCGGCCUUCAGGAGCUGACGUCGCAGACCACGCCCCCUCUUCCAGCUGCAAGCCAAUCGGAGGGCGGCGCCUCAGUUCCUGCUUCCUGUCCAGCAGGGACUACGAGUUCCUGCUGCUGCCUGACUUUGUGUGUCUGGCCAUGUCCUUCCUGCUCCUGGCCAGUGGCUGCAGCCUGCCCUUCGUGUACCUGGUGCCCUACGCCCUGAACUCCGGGGUCAGCAGCCAGAACGCGGCGCUCCUCAUGUCCACCCUGGGCGCCGUGGGCAUCGUAGGCAACAUCACCUUCGGCUGGCUCACCGACAGGAGGUGUCUGAAGCCAUAUCGACGGGCGUGUUACACCGUUGCCGUGGGGAUGGAAGGCGUGUGUUGUGUGUGUGUCCCCUUGCUGUGCACCUUCUACCAGCUCCUCCCCUUCUCCGUCCUCUACGGGUACUUUGACGGGGCCUACGUGGCUCUCAUCCCCGUGGUAACCAGCGACGUCGUCGGCCCCGCCCACCUCUCCUCCGCUCUGGGCGUCGUCUACUUCCUGCACGCCAUCCCCUACCUGAUUAGUCCGCCCGUAGGAGGUUGGUUGGUCGACAAGACAGGGAGCUACGCCGCCACCUUCUUCCUCAGUGGCACCGCCCUCCUGGCUAGCGCGUCGGUCCUCUCCACCAUCGCCUGGAUACAACACUGUCGGCGCCACGCGUCAUCGAAGGCGUCGCCCGUGGCAACCAAGGCUAACAUCUCUAAGGACACUGAGCCCCUCCCCCUUGGCCUAGCCAACCAAUCGGACUGCUUCAUUGUUUAUAACAAAGAGGCUAAAGACGCGAUGCCCACAGACAGCCAGGGUAUAGCUUCCUAGCAGUGACUCGCAGUGUGAUGCUAGCUAUGCUAAGCAUAAUGGCUGCAUAGCGGUAGCUCACACUGUGACGCUAAAGAUGCUAGAGAUGCUAAGCAUAAUGGCUGCAUAGCAGUAGCUCACACUGUGACGCUAAAGAUGCUGGAGAUGCAAAGCCUAGUUAAUGGCAGUGGACCAAAGUACUGGCAAUACCAAAGAGCAUUCAAAGAGUAAGUGAUCAAAUACCUCAAAGGAAAAGUAUGGCUGAUCAUAUGUGUGAAUUUAUGGAAUUGGAAUUCUACCAUAAUGGACUUUAUGGUAUUGGACUUAGAAAUUGGACUUAACAACCUAAUUGUAUUGUACACUUAAUUUGUUGCUAAGUGUGUCAGGAAAGCAGGCCGGCUUAAUGGGAUAUGAAUCAAAAAGUCACAUUUUCCAUUAUUCCCUGCUCUCAGUGAGCUUGGCCCCGUAGACUUUGAACAACUUCAAAAUUGGUGUUAUAGCACCCAGAAAACGGCAGGUCUAUGGCCAACUUGAAGCGCCACAUUGGUCCUCUCAUCCCCACAGCGUCACACGGUACACACCUGUACUGUACCUGUACAGUCAAAUCGUCUAACAGGCCCCCUGGUCUUGUUCUCAUCUCUCAACGGAGUGCCUUGAAUGGCGUGCUUUGACUGUGCUUCCGAUAGAUGGAUGUCUGCUCCCGUUUGCGUUUGCUUUGUCAAAUCCCUCGUCAAAAGUUACAUUUCAAUUUCUUCAUUGUUCUAGUCAUGUUCUGACGGUUCUCUCUCUAUAAACCGACAUAUACAGCUGACAGAAAGUAAGAGAAAGGAUAUGGGAGAUUCAGUAGACCAGACGUGCCUUCUCCCAGCCCACACCGCUGCCUGCAAUUGGAUAACAUUAAUGAUUGUGUUAGGAAUCAGCCCUCAUACAUUGCGUUGACUAUUGUUCCCUGUGUUCAACCGCUUAUGCAAACACAACAGUUCCAAAGUAUAUCUGUCCUGAAACCCGGUUAAAGAGUUACGGGUGGUCGAGCUACAGGCCAAGUAGAGAAGAACAGAAAUCGGAGGUCAAUAAGGUAGUACCGUACCUGAUAAAUGUUACACAACCAACACCCUGAAUGCUUCUAACUGUUGAAGGCCUUAUAAUCUUCUUUCUAUUCAAAUUUGGGGACUGUUAAAUAUUGUUCAAAGAGUAAGUGAUCAAAUACCUCAAAGGAAAAGUAUGGCUGAUCAUAUGUGACAGGGUGAAUUUAUGGAAUUGGAAUUCUACCAUAAUGAACUUUAUGGUAUUGGACUUAGAAAUUGGACUUAACCACCUAAUUGUAUUGUACACUUAAUUUGUAUUGUGCACUUAAUUGUAUUGUACACUUAAUUUCCUGACACACUUAAAGUGUGUCAGGAAAGCAGGCCGGCUUAAUGGGAUAUGAAUCAAAAGUCACAUUUUCCAUUAUUCCCUGCUCUCAGUGAGCUUGUUGGAUGAUAAAGUCCCCGUAGACUUUGAACAACUUCAAAAUUGGUGUUAUAGCACCCAGAAAACGGCAGGUCUAUGGCCAACUUGAAGCGCCACAUUGGUCCUCUCAUCCCCACAGCGUCACACGGUACACACCUGUACUGUACCUGUACAGUCAAAUCGUCUAACAGGCCCCCUGGUCUUGUUCUCAUCUCUCAACGGAGUGCCUUGAAUGGCGUGCUUUGACUGUGCUUCCGAUAGAGGGAUGUCUGCUCCCAUUUGCGUUUGCUUUGUCAAAUCCCUCGUCAAAAGUCUUUACCUUUCAAUCUCAAUUUCUUCGUUGUUCUAAUCAUGUUCUGACGGUUCUCUAUCGUAUCGAGACCAUCUCUCCACUCCGUUACAUAUUCCAUAUGUACGGGAUUGGAGAGAUGUUCUCUUCACUCAGAGAACCAGGGUUACCACGUAACCCGAACGUUCCAAAGUAUAUCUGUCCUGAAACCCGGUUAAAGAGUUACGGGUGGUCGAGCUACAGGCCAAGUAUAGAAGAACAGAUAUCGGAGGUCAAUAAGGUAGUACCGUACCUGAUAAAUGUUACACAAUUAACACCCUGAAUGUUUCUAACUGUUGAAGGGCUUAUAAACUUCUUUCUAUUCAAAUUUGGGGAAUGUUAAAUAUUGGUCAGCUUAAUGUUUUCUUGUUCCAUGUUUCAAUGAGCUUUAUUUUUGUCAUUAUUGUUUGACAUAUUUUUGUUGUUGUUCGAACCGAAUCAUUGUACUUGUGCCAUGACGUUAAUUACUUUGUAUUAUCAGGGACCUGAAUGUUAUAAUCGAUAUGCCUUGUGAUGGUCCUAACACUUGAUUUUACAAAAGAUGUAAACUUUUUCUCUUUAGGUUGAGGUGGAUGUAGUUUUCCUUGUUGACCAGAAGAGAGACUGAUAUUCUUUGUAACCAAAGCAUUUCUCUCAGCUUACUUGACAAACUGACUUCCUUCUAACUCAGGAACAUGUUCUAUUGGAUAGAAAUAUCCAAUCGAGAAAUAAUAAAUUAAUAAAUAUCUUACCAUA